AUGGCGCCACUGCCGGAGGUGGCAUCGACAGUUAGUCAAGAGCGCGACUUUCACCACCCCUACCAGCCGUAUGACAUCCAGAAGCGAUUCAUGAGCGCGUUGUACGACUGCAUCGAGGAGGGCAAAGUAGGCAUAUUUGAGUCACCUACGGGCACGGUAAGAUUAUUUUCUCGCUUUACCUACCCGCAUUUCAAAGAGAGAGGACCGAGCGGAUCCCAGCCGAAUGGACAGGCUCAUAUCCAAGGGAAAUCUCUAAGCCUGAUCUGCGGUUCUCUGACGUGGCUGCGUGACCACCAAAGGAAGGCGUUCGAGGAGGACCUCUUAGCCGAAACAGCGGAUGACGGCGAGCCGGAAUGGAUCAUAGAGCAUGCUCGCGAACAAAAGCGUCAGGCGGCGUCACGAGAGCGUGCUGACCUGGAAGCUCGUCUCGCGAAAAUUCGUGCCAAAGAGAAGCGGCUCAAGGAGCGGUACGAGAACGGGGAGCCGACGCGCAAAAAACAGAGGACGGCUACGAGCGCAUUCGUCUCGGAAGAUGACCAAGCCCGAUUUACCCUCGAGGACUACGAGAGCGAUGACCAUGCAAAUCGGAAAGCGGACGCCGCUACAAACGCAGAUCAUGGGCUUUCCGCCGAGACUCAAGCGUUGAUGAGCAAGCUGGGGAUGCCCACUGCAGGAGCAAGCACAGAAGACACCGAGGCGAUGGACGAGCUCAAGAUUUUCUAUUGCUCAAGAACGCACUCGCAGCUUACACAGUUUGCGGGUGAGCUGAACCGUGUCAAGAUGCCGCCAGCGCUGACCAUGGAAUCUCAUGAGCAACUAUCCUGUGGGCCAGCUGCUCAAGUGCACCUUGAGGAGGGAUUCAAGCAUCUUACCCUCGGAUCAAGGAAGAACUUGUGCAUCAACCAAAAGGUCAACAAGCUCACCAGCGCAACGGCGAUCAACGAAAGAUGUCUCGAACUUCAGCAGCCAAAGACGCCAGCGCACGACAGGUGCCCGUAUCUGCCGAGAAAGGAGACUGAAGCCGUCGUCAACGACUUCCGCGACCAUGCUCUUGCAAAAAUUCGGGACAUCGAGGAUCUCGGAGUGCUUGGAAAGAGACUGGACAUAUGUCCUUACUAUGCGUCUAGAUCAGCGGUGAAGCCCUGUGAGAUUGUUACCCUCCCGUAUCCACUUCUCCUACAGAAGUCCGCUCGCGAAUCUCUAGGGCUUUCUCUCAAAGGCCAUGUCAUCAUCAUCGACGAGGCACACAAUGUCAUGGACGCUAUUACGGGAAUCUAUUCAAUUUCCGUCUCUCACAGCCAGCUGCAGCGAGCACGAGCACAGCUAGGAAUCUACCUUCAGAAGUUUCGCAAUCGCUUGAAAGGCAAGAACCGCGUUUACGUUACGCAGAUCGUCAGGUUGCUUGAUUCGUUGACCAGCUACCUCCAGACAAAGGCAUCUGUCGCCAAGGAUCUGGAGGGUAUUAUUCAGCCUGGGGACCUCAUGGGCGGCAAGGGUGUCGACCAGAUUAACCUGUAUAAGCUGAUGCGCUAUCUGCAAGAAAGCAAACUAGCCCGAAAGGUUGAUGGGUACAUCGUGUACGCGGAACAGCAGAACAAGUCCGCAGAUGCCGAACACCAUCCAGGAACGAAAAAGACGGCAACUCAUGAGAAGACUGUACCGGUCUUAACACAUGUUCAAGGCUUCCUUGCCGCAUUGAUGAACCCCUCGGCAGAGGGACGCUUCUUUUACUCAAGGUUAGGAGAAGACGGUAGCCUGUGGCUGAAGUACAUGCUCUUGGACCCAACACACCAUUUCAGAGAGAUCGUUGAGCAAGCUCGAGCGGUGAUUUUGGCUGGUGGUACAAUGUCUCCCAUGAGCGACUACGAGCAGCAUCUCUUCUCUUAUCUCCCACCAUCCCGCAUCACGACACUCUCUUGCGGUCAUGUCAUACCAGCUAGCAGCCUUUUCGCCUCGGCUGUGGAGCAGGGCCCAAGUGGGGUGGUCUUCGACUUUACCUUCGAGAAGAGAAGCUCCGAGAAGAUGAUCGUCGACCUCGGUCUUGCUGUUCUGUCUUUUAUUCAGAACAUACCUGACGGCGUAGUGAUAUUCUUUCCUGGAUACGCUUACCUCGGGACGUGCAUUGCAGUCUGGAAGCGCGCGGCACCUCCAUCAACGGUUAUGAAGUAUGGCAAGACUCUCUACGAGGCCCUUAUAGCUAUCAAGCCGAUCUUCUACGAGUCUCCCAAUAGCGCCACAGACUCCCUGCUCACCGCCUACAGUUCAGCCGUCACCUCUCCGGUCACCCCUGGCCGUGGUGCCCUCCUUCUUGCCGUGAUUGGUGGUAGUCUGAGUGAAGGCAUCAACUUCUCGGAUGCCCUGGGCCGCGGUGUUAUGGUUAUUGGGUUACCCUUUCCCAAUCCGCAUAGCGCUGAGUGGAAGGCCCGGAUGGAAUAUAUCGCCAACAAACCUCCUGGCCCGACCGGAGGGACAAAGGUGAACGGGAAAGAGGCGGCCAGGGACUUCUACGAGAACACUUGCAUUAGAGCUGUGAACCAGUGCAUUGGGCGCGCGAUAAGGCAUAAAGAAGAUUACGCCAGCAUACUUCUGAUUGAUAGGAGGUACGCCAUGGACAGGAUACAGGCAAAGUUGCCGGGCUGGAUAAAGGAAAGCCUGGUGCAGGCUGGUGGUGUUAGUGAAGUAUCGAGCGGGUUGAGGAAGUUUUUCAAAGGGAGAAGGCGGUAA